AUGGGUGCCGAUGUUUCAUCACCAGCUCACUCGGAGGGCAAGAUCGAUGGCCGCCCGGCCACUUUCUACUACAAGCGAGGCGACGGCGACGAGGAGACCGGUCUGGCAUGGACUGAAGGAUACAAAGUCUACCCCGGCUCACACUGGCGCAAGAUCGCCAAGAAGGACAUUCUCGUCGUCGGAGGCAUGAAGAACACCCAAGACGACUACCACUUCCUGUUCGUCGAAACGAAUGCUGCGGCCGAAAAAGACCCCACGGCCUCGCCAGUCUUAUUCAAAUCACACACAUUGACCAACCCUCCUUCCUUGCUCGUCAACGAUCACAGCAUCCCUUCUGGCCAAUCCUGCUGGGAAUACCGACAGACACACAAUGCCGUCCAGCCAAACUUCCACAUUAUCCUGUCAACUGGAUCUGGUACCGGUCUGGCGAAAGCGGUGUACGAUCAAGUGCUGAAGCCAAUGCUCGAUCACUGCGACAUCGCCGAGGGCAGGGAUUAUGUUCUUCACACCACCACUUCGGAAUCAAGUAUAACAGAAUUGGUUCGAGACGCGAUCCUGCCGCGUGCGAACUUGGGCGUGAAACAGUCUAUCAUGUUGAUGAGCGGCGACGGCGGCGUUGUCGACACUAUCAACGUUUUGCUCUGUGCCGAGCGAAGUAAGGACUACACGAAGCCUAGCAUCUCCGUUUUGCCACUUGGAACCGGAAACGCUCUGGCUCAUAGCGCCGGGAUCACAUCAGACAAUACCGUGGGCAUCAAGUCUUGGAUGUGUGGGGAGCCUCGUGAGCUACCCGUUUUCGUUGCUCGAUUCUCGCCAGGAGCACGUUUCCUGUUCGACGAGGCUCGGCAAGAACGACCUAUUCAUCUUGCAGACGGCGUGCAGACUGCAUAUGGCGCGGUGGUGUGCUCAUGGGGACUACAUGCAGGUCUAGUUGCGGAUAGCGACACAGUCGAGUACCGCAAGUUCGGAGUCGAACGCUUCAAGAUGGCUGCAAAAGAAGCUCUUUUCCCAAGCGACGGAUCUCCGCCACAUGUCUAUAAUGGCAAGGUUACGAUACAACGACCUGGGUCAGAAGGCUGGGAAGAGAUUCGACAGGGACAGCACAGCUACAUUCUCGCUACACUCGUCAGUCAGCUCGAAAAAGGCUUCACGAUCAGCCCAGCCUCGAAGCCGCUCGAUGGAAAGCUACAUCUGGUGCAUUUCGGACCAGUGAGCGGCAACGAAGCAAUGGAGGUCAUGGGAAAAGCUUACCAAGGGGGUGAGCAUGUCAACGAUGAAAGAGUCCGUUACGAAGAGAUCGAGGGUUUAAGGAUUGAAUUUCACGAAGAAGAUCCUCGCUGGCGACGGGUCUGCAUUGAUGGCAAGAUCGUUCGAGUCGAGAAGGGAGGAUGGGUCGAAGUUAGCAUGGGACAGAAGGGAGUGGUAGAUCUGGUUGCGCCAUGA